AUGGCAAAUUCUGGAAACGAUUCAAGUGAUGGUAUUCGACCCCAUCAGGAGCCGCAGACGACCAAGUCCGAAGCCGACCAUGUUCCCCAGGUUGACCAUGCCUCGAGAAUGGAAGAUGUCCAAGUUGUUGGAAGGGACAAGGCGGCACAGUUCCUCAAACAGGCUGACCAUCCCGUGGUUGUGACCCCGGCUGACAAUGCCCGCGUGCUGCGCAAGAUCGAUUGGAGAAUCCUUCCCAUCAUGUUGUUCGUCUACUGUCUUCAGUCUCUAGACAAGACUACCCUAUCAUAUGCCUCUGUCUUUGGUCUGAUAGAGGACACGAACCUAGUUGGAGAAGAGUUUUCCUGGCUUGGAUCCAUCGUAUACUUGGCCCAGCUGGUCUUUCAGCCCCUGGUGGCGUAUAGCCUUGUCAAAUUCCCCGUGGGAAAGUUCUCCGCUACCAUGGUGUUUUGCUGGGGUGCUGUGCUGUGUGGGAUGACGGCCGCCAAGGACUUUGGGGGGUUGAUGGCCUCAAGAUUGUUGCUAGGGGCCUUUGAGGCUUCUGUCGCCCCGACAUUUAUUGCCAUUGUGCAGAUGUGGUAUCGACGACAGGAGCAGACUUCUCGAAAUGCUUCUUGGUAUGCCAUGUUGGGAGUUGUAAAUAUGCUGGGUAGUCUGUUGACGUACGGUCUUGGCCAUAUUCAGUCGUCGCUGAGGCCAUAUCAGAUCAUCUUUUUGUUUUGUGGAUGUAUCACAGUUACGUUUUCCGUCGUCAUGUUCCUCUUCAUGCCCGACUCUCCCAUGCAGGCUAAAUUCCUUAGCCGAGAAGACAAAUUCAUUGCUAUCGAGCGUCUUCGAAUGAAUCAGAUGGGCAUUGGUUCCGGGGUGUGGAAAUGGGACCAUGUGAAGGAGUGCCUGCUUGACCCCAAGACAUGGCUUUGGUUCUUGCUCAUGCUCAUCAUUUCCAUUCCAAGCGGUGGCAUCUCCACGUUUGGUCCCCUCAUCAUCCAAUCGUUUGGCUUCGACAAGUUCACGACGAUUCUGUUCAACAUCCCCUUCGGCGCCGUGCAAAUGAUCGCGACGUUGGGGGGCGCCUGGCUCGCCGAUCGAAUCAAGAUGAAGUCUCCCGUACUUCUACUCCUCUGCUUGCCCCCAAUCGCAGGCUGUGCAAUCCUCCUCGCUGUUGGCCGCGCAAAGAGUGAUAGAGCUGUCCUCCUCGCCGGGUACUACAUCAUCUCCUUCUACCCCGGCAUCUCACCCCUCAUCUACUCCUGGUCUGGCCAAAACACGGCCGGUGACACCAAGAGAAAGGUCACUACUGCGAUGCUCUUCAUUGGGGCCAGCGCCGGAAACGUCAUUGGCCCUCAACUCUUCAAACCCAGCGAAAAGCCACGCUACGAUAGAGGUCUCCGAACAAACCUUGCGCUGUUUGUUGUGCUUGCCGUCCUGAUUGUUCUCGGCAUGGUCCUGAUUCGCAUCUUGAAUGCCAGACAGGCGGCCAAGCGCAGAGAACUCGGCAAAUCCGAGAACGUCAAGGAUCUAAGCAUGCAGAAGGGUGCUGGUCAGGACAGUGAGGUGCUGAAUCACGUGGAGGAGUCAGAGACGGUGGGCGACAAAGCGUUUGACGAUGUUACGGAUAUGAAGAAUGAGGAUUUCAUUUACGUAUAUUAG